CAUAGAUAUGCCAUGGCUGUAGUUAAUACGGAAAUGUAAAUCUAUAUCGAUUUACGGACAUUAUCUGAUAAUCACCCGGCACCACGUGGAAAUAACUUAGGGGAGGGGGUGUGCUCUGACAAGAAUGUGUUAAUUCCAAAAAAUAUCAAUUGUAUUUCUUUUACUUCGAUUUUCAAUUAAAAAAUACGAUACGUUCAAGAAUUGAAUACAUACGUGUGAUUCGAAUUCUUAUUCUAUUUUAUUAUAUCAGGUUCAUAAAAUUUUCAUUUUUUAUCACGAUCAUAAUCCACAAGACUCCGUUAUUUGUGUAAAACAUGAUUUUAGUUACAUUUUAGGGUUUAUAUGAAGAUAGAUUUAAGACUCAAAAGUUUUUGCGUGGCUAGCAGAAAGGCAAUAAUAGAAUUUUAAUUAGUGAAACGUAGUGAAGAUGUGUUUUCAGCAGUCUCUGAUGUUAAUUAUUUAUUUAGUGCAAUUUUAUGUGAAUGAUGUAUUAGCUUAUGCUUCGCACUAUACGCCCGAGGGAAUUGAGGCACAACUCAAAAAAUACAGAAUUGUACCUGAUAUUAUGGAAAAUGCGACGAGAGAGGAUAUGGAGGUGGAAUAUCAGGGAAAUUUAAUGAUACAAAUGGGAAAUUUUGUACCUCUUAACCGUACAGCGUUCGAGCCGAAAAUUAAAUGGAAAGUUGACCCUAAUUUCUACUACACAGUCACUUUAUUAGAUGCUGAUUACGUCAACAUUAUGGUUUUACAAAAAGUUCAAUAUCAGCUAUGGAUGAUUCUAAACAUACCGGGAGACAAUAUCUCAGCAGGAGAGUUACUCACGGAGUACAUGGGUCCAAACCCAGAAAAAGACAACCUCCCUUACCAUCGAUUUGUAUUCGUCUUAUGGCAGCAUCCUUUUGUUCAUUUUCGAGAGCUGCGAGUGAGGGGUGGACAGCUGCCUAUUUACAGAGAAAAUUUUAACGCGAAAAAAUUCACGGAGAAGUAUGAAGAAGAUGGCCUCGGUGAACCAUAUGCGGUUAAUUUUUUCCGCACCUGCCAUCCAAAGGAGGAAUGAUGAUAUGAAGAAAGAGCUCUCCGAGUUUUCUCAAGUUGCUUUCUUGCCGUAACAUCGCUGACUGUUUGGUGAAGAGGGGGAUUAUUAUUUUUAAUGAAAGAGGAGGGCUUUUUUUAAACACGUAUAGUUGUAAUUUAUACUUCUUUUUUCUUUUUUCUCCGAGCUAAAAAAAAGAGUGAGAUUAUUUAGACGCACAUCGAUGGUAUAACUAGAGAAGCACUUAGCUUGAUUUGCGAUGCUGUACACUUCUUACCACAUUACAUUAUUCGUUAGAGGUGUCAUUAGAUAAGUUGACAUCUAUUCACUUUCGAUUUGCAGGCGCACAACGAAUUUACGCCUCUACACCGAGUGUCGUCCGCUAUACUAUCCGACGUAAAAACAUUCGGCUCGUGAUGGUAACGUAAAAAGCUACUGAUCGGUUAUGAUCCGCGACUUUUAUGUGGUUGUGAUUUCUUGUGGCUAAAAAUUAAAGUGGUCCAAGGUUUGAAAGUAUUAAAAACCUAUCUAAGCUUAUGUUCUCGCCCCUGAGAGAGUCGGAUGUUUUCAUAUGGAUAGUAGUGACGCAAAAACGCCUGCAAACCGAAAGUAAACAAAUGUCAACUUAUCUGACGACAUCUCUAGGAAAACAGCCAUUUUUUUUUAAAUUUGUGAUAUCGCAUGCGAGUUUUCUUUAUAUACAAUAAGGAUAAGGUGAAUGUGGUAUUAUGAGGAGGCUGAAGGUAUGUAUGAGGAUAUUCUCUGAUUAUUUCGCUAAGAAAUAUUACGUAUUUUUCUAUUGAGGAAGUUAAAGAAAGUACAGAAAUGUUGAAACAUUGCAAUCAAAAUAGGUGGCCAAGACAUGCACCUUUUUGAUUUUCAAGUCGCUGUCAUACAAUUUAAUGACUUUACUCAGAAAGGUACAUUUUGUUUCAGACAUUUUAAAAUUGACAGCUAAUAUUUAAUUGAUUAUUUUUUACACACUCGAAUAAGAAAAGAAAAAGUCUAAAAAAAUAGGUUACAUUUUUUUUCACAUUUGAAGUAAAUUCCUUACUGGUAUAAAGUUUCACUUGAUUUUUAAGAAAAAGUCAUGAUAAAAAUUGCGCGUAGCUCUUGAAUGUAAACCCACUUAAAAAUAUAAUCUCCCUACUUGGUUUUGUUUUUCAAAAGAGUAUCAAGUUUUUGUGCACGUAUUGUUACUUAGGUCUUAGAAGAAAUAGAUGAAGAGGGUUGCACCUAAACACCCUAAAGAGGUUAUAAAUUAUUGAAACUCUCCGUGAAAAAAUAGAAAAUAAAAAUAAUAAUAAUUGAAUAUUUCACAAACUUAUAUUUUUGACAUACAUUUUCUUAUGAAUUUUAUUACAUUUAGCACAGAAGAGUGGGUAUCUCGUAUACACUGGAGAAAGUCUCACUGAGAGAAAAAAUUAGGACGUUAAUGACCUGUGAAUACGGUGUUGCAUAUUGUCGCCCCUCUGACAUAAGGGCAUAUCUCAAUGUUCAUGUGAACCGUGUAUUACAUAUAAAUCCAUGCUUUGUGAGGCUCAUGCGGACAUCGAGAUACGAGCUUACGCCAGAGGAGCGAAUAUAUCGGCCUUGUUAUUCAGUUCAUAACCGUACCAACGGUUCUUCAUGCAACCGAAAUUUUAAACCAAACCCAACGACAGAAAAAACGCGAAACCCAAGAUGGGAUUUCUAUAACCGAGAGCACGAUUUCAUGAACCGAAUUUUAGGGCCGAUAUGCAAACACCAUACACUUCCUAGGACCGAACUUUUUUUUUAGAGCGUGAAAUUUGAAAUUCUGCGUAUAGAGUGCUCAGAUCUGUGAUUUUCUAUUCAGUCUUUUGUUUUCACGACUUAGGGAACGUAUUUCCACGAGAAACUAAUGAACUUCGGUUAAAAUUUGCAUUAUUUUCUUCUAAAUUUUUCUGAUCAAUUUAUUUAAAAUAGAGAAGAGUAAUAUUUUCAUUUAUAGAGAAUAUGGUCAAAAAUUCAUUUGCUCUUGUGUGAAAAAAUAUGUAUUCUACAUUUUCACCAAAAA